GUACCAAGAUAGAAGGAGUGAAUACAGCGUAUCUCUACUUUGGUAUGUGGAAGACAACAUUUGCCUGGCAUACAGAGGACAUGGACCUCUACAGUAUCAACUAUGUCCAUCUAGGGGCCCCCAAGUCUUGGUAUGCCAUCCCCCCUGAGCAUGGUAGACGUCUAGAGAGGCUGGCUGCAGGAUUUUUCCCCACAAGUGCCUCAGAAUGCCAGGCUUUCCUCAGACACAAGAUGACUCUUAUCUCCCCUUCUAUACUCAAACAAUACUCUAUACCAUUUAAUAAGAUUGUACAAGAGGCCGGCGAGAUCAUGUUGACAUUUCCCUAUGGCUACCAUGCUGGCUUCAACCAUGGCUACAACUGUGCAGAGUCUACUAACUUUGGCUCUAAGAGAUGGGUAGAAUAUGGCAAACGUUGUAUACAGUGCACAUGUCGUAAAGACAUGGUCAAGAUCAGCAUGGACUGCUUUGUGAAGCGUUUCCAGCCAGAGAGGUUUAAGAUGUGGAUAGAAGGGAGAGAUGUGGGGCCUCAUCCAGAAGAUGAUAAAGCUAAACUAGUGGGGAAAACUCCAAAAUUCCUUGAGGAGGACAGUCAGAAGAAGAAAGCCAACAGAACUGGCACUGCUACCACUAAGCGUCAUCCUGUGCACAGACUAGGAAAAGGAGUGGAAGCCAAAGCUGGAACAGCCAAGGGAGGGAAGGCUAAACCAAAGAAGGGCACAAAACAGAAAGAAGUGCAAGAAUCUGAUAGUGGCAGUGAUACAGAGGUGGAGGUGGAAGUUGCAAAGGAUGAAGAUACUAAGGUGAAGGGCAAGAAGAUAGCACAACCGAAGUCCAAAGUUGAUCCAGAAGGUCUCAAAAAAAAGAAAAUUGAACAGUACUUAAAAGAAUCAACCCAAGAGGAAAAGCGUCAAAAGCAGAAAACAUUUAUGUCUGAAUUUGAAAAGCAUUUGCAAAACAAAUCUGAACCACCGGAUGAUGACCCUACUGUUAAGGAUGAGGAGAAGGUUGUCCUGAAGCCAAGUGGUGGUAAACGGAAAGGAGAGGCAUCUGAUAAACAAGCUCAGCUUGAUAAGAAGAAAGUGAAACAAGAGCCCAAACCUCUCAUUCAACCCGCACAUUUCAUACCUACCUCGACCUCCCAAAUGAACUAUCCUGAAAGCGUGAAUACAUCACAAACAGAGAGCAAGAUCCGUACCAUGAUGGAAGCACCUAGCACAGCAGUCACUAGUACCACUACUGGAUCUCAGAAUAUUGGAUUACAUCAACUGAAUACAGGUAUUGGCAAUUCCAAUACUGGGUCUAAUAAAUCUGGAUUAGAUCUGCUCAGUAGUAUGGCCCAUGAGAUGCUACAGCAGCAGCAGCAGCAGCAGAGUAAGGGUCCACCACAACUUCAGCCAUAUGAAGGAGCCCCUUUAAAUCAACCGCAUAACACAACACCAGCAUCCCAACCUCCGAAUAUCCAAUAUUACAACUAUAUAGAUCAGCGCUCAAUGCAAAAGCCAAAUUUAUCCCAAGUUGCCAUGAACAAGAUGCCAAGACCGCAACAGAAACUUGUGAAUCACGCCAAGCAUCAUGGAAUUAAGAUGGUUUCUGGUGCUGUAAGGGUUUCUGCAAGAGAUUCUCCCAAUAUAGGAGAUGGCAUUCAAAUAACUCAGCAUACAAACCCUGCAUUUGAUAUUGAUCCAGUGCUUCUAAAAUCAAGUCCCAAUGCGGACGGAAAUUAUUUGAAUCCUGUUACUGCAGCCCAGUCCAAGUUUAUUCUUGAUGGAUUUCAACAAAGAGUGAAACAGGCUGAGUUAGUUCAGAGACCUAGAGGGGCCCUUAGCCCAAGAAAUUUAAAAGAGAAUGGACAGAAUGUUUCAAUGCAAGAUAUGAUCCAAGCAAAGGUGAAACAUAAAUCAAAAUUAAAAUCGCCAAUUGGGGACAGUUUAAUAGUUAGUAGGGAUGAGAAAGGUGAGGUGUCAUUGGGAGGACAGUUGGCUCCUGUGUCUGGUAUUCCCAGUACUGGACAACCUACAAUUGUUAUGCCUGUCUCUAGUAGCACUGGUCAUGUCCAAACUGCAUAUGAGAAGGCACAAGUCAAAGCAAAGAUUGAUGCUGCCAGGGCACUAAAAAGACAGCAAGAAUCUGCCAUCCUGCAGCGAUAUUUCAAUCAAGGUGGUGGUGAAAAUACUCAGUUGAAACCACAGAUGGCUGUUGAGUCCAGUAAAAGUCCUCAUACUACUUCAGCGGAUUCUUUUUUAGUGCUUGCUCCGCCCCAGCAUGUGGUGGGGCACCCUGUCACGACACACACUUCCAGUGGAGUGACAGGUUCUCAGGAAUUGCUCAAACCAGUCAAAACAAUGACUGGUCCUUCCAAUACAACAAGUUCAUCAAACACAAUGACAGGUCCCUCCAUACAAGCCCACCAAACCAGCAAGCCAGCCAGUACAGUGACAUUAAUCAAAGCUACAACCACAGGUCAGAGAAAAGUAGUCCCCACAGCCACAGUGACCAGCAAACAAGCAGCUCCUAUCAGAAUUAUUACCAACCCAGCUCUAAACAGGACUACCCAGCAAGCAAGCAUAAAUCACAACGUGACCACCCAAGAUCCAAGGUUAGCCCAGAUAAUUGGCCAACAACUAGUAAAACAACAAGUCAUCAAACCCUCACCUGGGCAGAUUAUUACUCAGCCACAGAAAGUAAAAGCUCCAAAUAUAACACAACACAUAACACAACACCAGCCCAUACAAAUUCAACCUACAGUAAGUCAACAGCUCUUGACGCUGAGACAGUUUCUAGAAUCACAGACAAAGGCAACUCUGGCCCUUAUGCAAAACAGUCGUAUCCAGCCCAAGCAAGGAGGGGUUCAAAUGUCGACCAAUACAACUCCAGCUCAACUGAUGCAACAUAUGGCCAGCAGCACAGUGCCGACAAGCAUGCGAAAACCUCCUGUCACAGGUCAGUGUUCCGUGAGCCAAGAGAUUAUGGCCCAAGCUACAGUGAAUCCAACAGUGAAACAGCAAAUGAUGAUAGCUCAGUCUCAAAGUAUACAAGGCAAGGGGAUCACUUCAGCCAAUCUGCUGACACAGCAACACAUGUCAGCAGCCCAAGCUCUAAGCAGCCAGGUGAUCAGUCAGCCAAUUAUGAGUCCACAGGUCACGGUCACAAACACCCAGUCUCAAAACCAACCAAUCACAACACAGCUUUACAGCAAUCAGGUUAUGGGCCAGUCAGUCCAGGCUGUGAACAGGUCAACAGUGAACAAUCCAAUCACAGCUCAGCUAAUGCACAGUCAAAGUGCAAAUCAACCAGUAGUGGCUCAGAUGAUCAACCGAAAUGGGUCAAACCAGGCUGUUAUAGUAAACAACAAUCAAGUCAUUCGGCAACCGUUAGUAGCCCAAGUAGUUCCCAGUCAGGGCAGAAAUCAACCACUAGUAGCCCAAGUCAUGUCAACCCCAGGAAGGAACCAGCCACUAGUAGUGACCAGUCCAGAAGGGGGCCACCCCAUAAUGUUGCAGGCCUCAGUGAGGCCCAACAUGGGUGGCCAGGUUUCCAGCCCCCAGUUAGUUCUGUCUGGCAGUCUACAGUCACCAGCCCAGGCCACCUGUGUGACCCCACUCUCCAUGAUUCCUCCCAGUCUUACCUCCAAUCUCUUCUCCUUGGUACAGACCCUAUCGGAUGGCUCCCAAGUUAUCACCCUAGCUCCCAGCACCAAAUCGGAAAUUGGUGGUCACAACUUGAUGACCGGGUCUACCCACCUCCACCCUCAGACAACCAACCCAAGUGAUCCAUCCCAUCAGCAGCAAACACAUGCUCCUAGUCAGCAACUUCAGCAAACUCAUGCCCCCAGUCAGCAACUUGUCCAGGUUUCACAACUUCCUCAAACACAUAGCCAAGGUGUACCUUUAGGGCACACUCCAAGCCAGACCCCUAGCUAUACAACACACAACAGUAACCUCCCUAAUGACAAUACAUUCCCAGUAAAUGACAAUAUAGAAAAUGUGCCCCCCAUCAAGGUGGAAACAAGUGUCACUUUGGAAGCUGAAUCUCAACAUAACACUGAUAGUGAGACAUUAGGUGAGAAUCCUACUAAUAUAAAAGAGGAAGAUGCAUCUGUUCCUGAACACCAGGAGCCGAAUAAUAACGAUCAUGCAUACUUUUCUCCUAGUCAAAAUGGUGCUACUAAUAAGAAUGCUGCGAUCACUCUCAAUCAGUUUAUUGCUACCAGUGAAAACCAGACUGCUACCACAAAGACUGUUCCCACUAAACGACCAUGGGAUUAUGAUGUCAGACAAUGGAUGCAGAAAGAAAAAUUUCUCAUGGAGCAAAAGAAGCAAAAACAAUGUGAGCAACAGGCUAAAUUAAGACAAGCUGAAAAACAGAUGAAACUCAAGCAAAUGGAGAGACAGAAAUUAAAGCAGCAGUCCAAGCUGAAAGCCUCUGCCACUCAAAGUCUCAGUUCUACUGAAAUGGCCAUGUCAAAUGAUGUGCCCCCAUUAUCCGAGGCUCUGGAGCCAUUGCAAGAGGAUAUGAUCACAGUAGAUGUUGAGGCACUAAGGAGUAGCCCUGAUCUCAGUGCAGAUCUCCUUCAACCCCCUAACUACAAUGUACUCUCGCCUAACACGUUAAAGCAAUUGAAGCCACAACCAAAACCUAUAAUGUCAACCACAUCAGAGAGUGAUUCGGAAUCUGCCAACCAAAUUGGGCGCAAAAUGACAGGUCCUCCAGAUACCUGCGUGGAGCUUGCCAAGAAGAAGUCGUUCAGCAAGAAGAAAAGCAAAGUCCGUGAAGCCACUUUACAGAUGCAGAGACUGAAGGAUCUUCAACGACUGAAUGAGACAGGCCAGGAGUCCAGCAGUUCUCCAGAAUCACAUCUUGAAGGUCGACGUGGGGGCAAGAAUACUAAAAAAGGUGCACAAUCUCCUCCUCACAUGUCUCGUGAAGAGGUGCAAGACAUUGUGGGACAAUUCACAGCCAAGAAUGGGCAAUGGGCUGCUGCUGUCCAGAGACUAUGGAACUGUCAGCCUGAGGACUUUCAGGCAGAACAGGCCUACAACACAGCAAUGGCCUUCGAGAAGCCACAUUGUAGUAUAUGUGGGAUCUUUAGUAGACCGAAUAAUGACAAAAUACUAGAGGUUUUGGAUGAGCCGACAGUUAAACAAGAAAGCAUCCCAGAGAAGUCCUUACCCAUGAUUCCAGAGGUGUGCUUUGCAUCUUGUUCAACCAAUCCUAAACCUCAGGUGAUGGGACCUGCACUGGAUGAAGAAGGUCUCAGUCAGCUGUUAACAUGUGAAACUUGUAAAGUCUGUGUUCAUGCAAGUUGCUAUGGUGAUGUUGAUGGAGAAGUGGAAGGCAACUGGAGAUGUGCUCGCUGCAGAAUCAAUAUGUUUUAUGAUGUGACAUGUUGCCUAUGUAGUCUACGUGGUGGUGCAUACAAGCAGACGAUGACGGGGAAAUGGGUACAUGUCGUCUGUGCUUUGUCCAUACCAGAGGUCUCCUUUGAAGAUGUCACUCACAGGGAGCUUAUCAAUAUCAGCAAAAUAUCAAAUGCCAGGAAAAAACUUAAAUGUUUGAUCUGCCAAUCAAAAACUCCUCGUGCCAUAUCCAUUCCUUCUGUUAGCCCAGGAGCGUGUACCCAAUGCUCAGUGGGCAAAUGUAUGUCUGCCUUCCAUGUAACAUGUGCCCAUGCUGUGGGGUACCUCUUUGAGACAUCUGAUUGGCCGUGGCCUGUAUACAUCACAUGUCAUCGUCAUCGUCAUGACCCACACAAAGAAGUUCUUCAGUCUAACAGAGAGUUCACUGAGUUAAAGAUGGGAGAGAAGGUGGCAGCCAAGCACAAGAACCACAGGUUCUACAAGGCCAAGGUGACUGGCACCAAGACGCAUGUUUACUAUGAGGUCCAAUUCUCAGAUGGCUCUACCAGUAAAGAUCUCUUCCCAGAGGAUAUAGAGAGUCAUAAUUGUCUUGAGAAAGGUCCCCCACAGAAGGAGGAGCCUGUCAAAGUUCGUUGGCCAGAUGGUCUUAUCUAUGAUGGCAGGUUUAAAGGCACAAACUCAUUCAUCAUGUAUGUGGUUGAGUUUGAAGAUGGCUCAGAGCUAACCUUAAAGAGGAAGGACAUCUAUUCUGAAUCAGAGGAAAUACCAUCAAAAAUACAGCAAAGAUUGUCUGAGGCCACACCCCGGAGACACAAUAUAUUCUAUAACCAAAAUAAACCUGAGCAACAGAAGCGGAAAAGAUGACAUCGUGCAACUUAAAUUAUAUUCAUGCAUACAGACUUGUGUAUAAAGUACUCCUUAAGAGAAUGUAUAUACAGAUACAAACUAAUUAAUGCUGUUCAGUAAGCCUCUAGCUUUUUACCAAUAUGAUGCAAGCCUAGAUUCAUGAAAACUCCCCAAUAUGGAAGUGCCAUGGAAAUGCCAUGAAUAUCGGGAAUUUUGAAUUACAUAGGCUAUUCCAGUGACAAAACUGCAACCAGUUUUGGAUGUUAAUGAAGAAUUGACAGUGUCUGAAUUAUCAAAGAACACAAAGGUGGUAUUUAAUUUGUUAAAAGUGGUAGUGCAGUGAUAAUUUAAGAAAUCAAUUAAAUGUAGACUGGAUUAUACAUGGAUAUCAUGUAGUGAUUUAUAAAGGGAUUGUUAAUGAAAUAAUUAUUAUGUAAACUAAUUGUAUUAUAAAUGUUGUUCUGUAGUUAUGUGAAUGCAAAUAAGUAAUAUCACUGUCCGUGUUAUUAUUAGUAAUUUAUAAUAGAAAAAAUUGUAUAUAUGUUAUGGAAGGUAUUUACUAUGUAGGUCUUUAUUGUAAAAUAAUUGCGAGGGCACGUUGAUGUUCUGGUUUAAUAAUAUUUCUAUUACUAGUACAUCAAACUGACUAAAUAUGUUCUGUAGGAAUGUACCUGUUUUAUCUAAAAAAUUGUUAUGAAUUGUAAAAUAAUCCUCUCAUAGAUUAUCAUCUCGUUGAUAAUAAAAUGCAUUCUCAUUCGAGUAAUAUUUCUAUAGUUGAGUGAUAUAACCAUUUUGGUUUAAAAAUUCAUCACCAUGCCUUCUUU